GAUGUGUCCAUCUCUAUGAUCCAGCUAUAAUUUAUAACAAAUAGCUGUGCACUCUCGGAUUUUACUUUCAGUUUGUUAAAUUUGUUGUUGCAGCAAUAUGCCACCAAAAAAGGCGCCUGCUCCUAGCAAAAAGACGGAGCAAAAGAAGAAGGAGAAAGUCAUUGAGGAUAAAACUUUUGGUCUAAAGAACAAGAAAGGCAACAAGCAACAGAAGUUCAUUCAGCAAGUCCAGAAACAAGUGCAGGCCGGCGGACAUCAUCCACGAGCAGAUGGCGACAAGCGCAAGGAGGAGAAAGAGAAGAAGUUGGCCGAUCAGCGUGAAUUGGCCAUGAUCUUCAAGCCGGUGCAGGGGCAAAAGGUGGAGAAGGGCACGGAUCCCAAGUCGGUGGUGUGUGCAUUCUUCAAACAGGGAACUUGCACCAAGGGAGACAAGUGCAAAUUCUCGCACGAUCUCUCGCUGGAGAACAAGGUGGAGAAACGUUCCAUGUAUGUGGAUAUGCGUGACAGCGAAGACGAUCCCAUGACCAACUGGGACGAUGCCAAGCUGAAGGAGGUGGUGGACAAGAAGCACUCGGCUGAAAAGCGACGCCCAACCACGGAAAUUAUUUGCAAAUACUUCCUGGAAGCUGUGGAGAAGUCCAAAUACGGCUGGUUCUGGGAGUGUCCCAACGGGGAGAAGUGCAUCUAUCGCCAUGCGUUGCCUCCUGGCUAUGUGCUCAAGCGCGACAAGAAGAAGGAGGAUAAACCAACGGAGAUUUCGCUGGUCGAUCUGAUUGAGAAGGAGCGUGCUGCAUUGGGUCCCAAUCAGACACGCGUCACGUUAGAGUCCUUCCUCGCUUGGAAGAAGCGCAAACUGCAGGAGAAGAAGGCGAAACUGGCCGCCGAAGAGGAACGCAAGAAGAGCGACUUUAGCAAGGGCAAACAAUUUGGCAUCUCUGGUCGUGAAAUGUUCAGCUUCAAUCCCGACCUGGUCGACGAUGGACCCAUGGAGGAGGGCGAUGCUGCUUUCGAUAUCUACAACCGUGAGGAUGAUGAUGAUGAAAAUGUCGUCGAAUUUAAAGAGCUCGAUUUGGCCGCUCUCUCGUUGGCCGCUCAAGAGGUUGAUGGCUCUGGCACUGUGGCAUCCAGCACAAGAUUACUUGAUCAGGCCGAAGAAGCAGCCAAAACUGCUGCAGCCGAGGAUGCAGCGGCUGCAGCAACCAGCUCUGUCGACAGUGCGCCCGCGAUUAACAAAGAUUUGUUUACCGACUUGGAUUUGGCAGGCGAAUUGGAUGAUUUAGAUCUUGACGAUGACGAUGAUGAUGAUGAAUGAGGAGAGUUCAACGAGAAGAGCAACUAAUAAUGCUUUGUUAUAGUUUGAUAUUCAAUUGCAUAACGUUCAUAAAAUGAUUUUUGCCUUUAGCAACUUUCGAUCAAUAAAAUUGUGGCUUAAAAAUGCUAAGAGCCUUCGUCAGUUCACGAUAA